CUGCCUGCCUGCCCUCCUUCCCGGGAGAAGCAAGAGCAAAGGCACCGGCUUCUGGAGAGCGGAGGAGCCCCCUGGGAAGAAACAGCCCCCCUUCCUCCUCUUUAUAACAGAAGGAUCCAUCUGGCCUCUGGUGGCCUUUCCUGCUGGCUUUGCUGAGAGGGGACCCCAAGAUGCUGUCCUACAGUGUCCUGGACGCCAACGUGGUGGAUGUGGAGAAAAGGAGAAGCCCUUCCAAGCAUUAUGUAUAUAUCAUAAAAGUAACAUGGUCUGACUCUACUUGCCAGACAAUAUACCGCAGAUACAGCAAGUUCUUUGACCUCCAGAUGCAGCUUCUGGAUAAAUUCCCUAUUGAAGGAGGCCAGAAAGAUCCCAAGCAGAGAAUCAUCCCCUUUCUUCCAGGUAAAAUCCUGUUCCGAAGAAGUCACAUUCGAGAUGUAGCUGUGAAGAGACUAAGGCCUAUUGAUGACUACUGCAGGGCAUUGGUGAAGCUUCCCCCGCACAUUUCACAGUGUGAUGAAGUCUUUCGAUUCUUUGAAUCCAGACCAGAAGACCUAAAUCCUCCAAAAGAGGAUUAUGGAUCCUCGAAAAGGAAAUCAGUCUGGAUGUCCAGUUUAUCAGAUUCUCCAAAGAAGGCUACUGCAGGUGCUGACGCUAGCUCUGAACCUAUGAUCCUGGAGCAGUAUGUGGUGGUGUCAAACUAUGAGAAGCAGGAGAACUCGGAGAUCAGCCUGCAGGCUGGAGAGGUGGUGGACGUCAUAGAGAAGAAUGAAAGUGGUUGGUGGUUUGUAAGCACAUCAGAAGAACAAGGUUGGGUUCCUGCCACAUACCUGGAAUCCCAAAGUGGAAUUAGAGAUGAUUCUGAAAUUAACAUGUCCAAAGGAGGGGAAGUUUCUAAGAGACGCAAAGCUCACCUGAGGCGCUUGGAUCGGCGAUGGACACUGGGAGGGAUGGUCAACAGGCAGCAGAGUCGAGAGGAGAAAUAUGUCACAAUCCAGUCAUACACCAGCCAGGGGAAAGAUGAAAUUGGGUUCGAUAAAGGAGUCACAGUGGAGGUUAUUCAAAAGAACUUGGAAGGAUGGUGGUACAUAAGGUAUUUAGGCAAAGAGGGCUGGGCCCCAGCCUCAUAUCUGAAGAAAGCAAAAGAUGAUCUUCCAUCCAGGAAAAAGAACUUAACAGGGCCAGUUGAAAUUAUAGGAAACAUCAUGGAAAUUAGCAACUUGUUGAACAAGAAAUCUUCUAGUGACAAGGAAACCCAGUCAGAAAUUGAAACAUCAGAAUCUCACAUCAACAAGAAGGAGAUAAGCUUGCCUAUCUUAUGCAAUGACUCCAAUGGCAAUUUCAUGACAACUCAAGACAAGCAAGUUUCAAAAUUGGCACAGGGAUCUCCAGCUAUAGCACGGAUUGCACCACAAAGAGCUCAGAUAAGUUCUCCCAAUCUAAGAACCAGGCCUCCUCCAAGAAGAGAAUCCAGUUUGGGCUUUCAGUUACCUAAACCCCCUGAGCCACCAUCAGUAGAAGUUGAAUAUUAUACUAUUGCAGAAUUUCAAUCUUGUAUCUCUGAUGGGAUCAGCUUUCAUGGAGGACAAAAGGCAGAGGUGAUUGACAAGAAUUCUGGUGGCUGGUGGUAUGUGCAGAUUGGUGAAAAAGAAGGCUGGGCUCCAGCAUCGUACAUUGAUAAAAGAAAGAAACCAAAUUUAAACAGACGAACCAGUACUUUGACUAGACCCAAAGUUCCUCCCCCUGCACCUCCCAAUAAACCAAAAGACUGUGAAGACAUAGCAGCUGCUGGAACCAUAGCUUCAGGUGACACCCAGGAUUCCCCGCAGAAGCAAAAAUAUGAGGAGCCAGAAUAUGAUGUACCUGCCUUUGGUGUUGACUCAGAAUCCGAGCUGAGCCAAGGAGAAGAUGGCAGCUUGGAGAGAGGCACAUUCCAUCUGUCCAAGCCUUCUCCUGUGUCAUCACUCCAGAGGGCAAAAUUCCAAGUUGGAGAGUCUUCUGAGGAUGUGGCUCAUGAAGAAGAGACAAUUUAUGAAAAUGAAGGCUUCCGACCAUAUAUAGAAGAUGCUUUGUCAAGUAAAGAAUCUAGUGGAGAUUCAGAUUCCCAAAGAAGUUCAUCCCUGUCUUUGAUCCAAAGAAGUUCUCCAUGCUCUGUUUCUCCCAAAUCUUCCCUUCCAAAGCCCAAAUGUGAGAAAAGCAUUCAGCCAAAUUUUGGGAAGUCUCACUGUUCCCGGAAUGAAGAGACAAAGCCAAGGUCAGCCUCUGAUGUUGGUUUAGGUAUUGUGCCCAAAUCUAGCAUAAAAAAGGAUACAGGGGAGACCCUGUCUAGUAGAGCAAAACCAAUGGUAAGACCCAAACCUUUACUGAACAAAGCAGAUUCUCAAAGCCAAGACAGAAUGGACAUCAGCACUUUACGUCACCAGCUGAGACCAACUGGACAGCUCAGAGGUGGACUUAAAGGUUCACGAAGUGAAGAGUCUGAAAGUCCACCUCACAAUGCUUCUGGAAAUCUAGAUGAGUCUUACAGAAGAAGUUCUGCAGAUCUCAUUACAGCUCCUUCCCAAGUUAUAUUCUAUUCCAGCCAGCCAACCAAAGCAGAGAAUGAAAGCAAUUCGUCAAAAUGUCUCUAUGUAACUAUUGAUUCCUACCAGAAGGUUCAAGAUUCUGAAAUCAGCUUCCCCGCAGGAGUAAUAGUAGAAGUGCUGGAAAAACAAACAAGUGGGUGGUGGUAUUUGAAAUAUGGAGAAACAGAAGGUUGGGCUCCUUCUCACUAUCUGGUAUCCUCUGAUAACCAGCAUCGAGAAACCAUUUCCAGUGAGACAAACAUCUCGCUGGCCAAAAACAGAAAAAAUGAAAACAAAUCCAACAGCUUGGAGAAGAUAGAGAAGAAGGUCCAAGCACUGAACACUAUCAACCAGAGCAAAAGAACAACACCUCCUAUUCCCAGUAAACCACCUGGGGGCUUCUCCAAAACAUCAGGACCUGUCAAAUUACGAAAUGGCAUUAGGCAGCUAGCAGUGAGGCCACAAUCAGUAUUUGUCUCCCCACCAACUAAGGAUAAUAACUUACCUUGUUCUCUCCGUCGAAAUGAAUCUCUUACUGCCACUGACCACCUGAGGGCAGUACGACGCAAUUCUUCCUUCAGCACUGCUCAGUCCCAGAUAAGUGAUUCAAAGAUCAAACAUGCUGAUCGGUUAGGCUCUGAGAGUUCUGACAGCACCACAUAUCUUCCAGCAGAGCGCAAUGGAAUUCCAGUUUCCACAGUCCGGCCUAAACCCAUUGAAAAAUCCCAGUUCAUUCACAAUAACCUUAAGGAUAUAUAUGUCUCCAUUGCAGAUUAUGAGGGUGAUGAAGAAACUGCUGGAUUUCCAGAAGGUGUCUGCAUGGAGGUCCUGGAAAGGAACCCAAAUGGUUGGUGGUACUGUCAAAUCAUGGAUGGAGGGAAACCUUUUAAAGGCUGGGUACCCUCAAAUUAUUUGGAGAAAAAGAAUUAGUUCCAAUGUCUUCAAUACCCUAAUUUAUACUUUCCUACUAUGUACAUAUGAGGAAAAAUGGGAAAGAUAGGUAUUUCAUUUUGUUCUGUCAUGGAUAGAAGUGACUGUUGAACGUUGUGAAGACUAGCAGGUUUGUCAUCAUUGAGGGGUUGUUUGAAGAAACUGGCUUAUUCAGGAAAAUAUCAAGAAAACACAGCAGGUAUUGGCAUCCCUGAGACUUUUGUUGCUGUUGAUAUUUGAUGAAGCCUUUCACAAUUUGAAUACAACAGGGUACAUUAUACCAUCAUCCUGGUUGUAAUAAUAGGAAACCAAAUCUGUGCCUUUCACAAUAUAGUUUGGAUCCAUGCACCAGCUUGGGAAUGGUAAGGAGUUUGAUGCCAGACUGGACAUGCUUAAGCAUAUAUAUCAGCUUGUUCAUUCCUUCACAUGGAAUGUGUAUAAGCUGUGUAUGACUUUCUUCUUAAGGCAUCUUUCAAGUGUUCAAAAAAAAUGGGGAAAUUUCUCUGAGGAAUCCAGCACCAGCCCUUGGCUAUUGCAUUUUUGUCUCCCAAUUGUGUUAGAACUCAAGAGCCUUUUCACUGUGCAUUGCUGGUUUCAGACUCCAUGCACCUAUUGUUCGAUUUUCCCCAAUGGCAUCCUUCAUGCUUUUUCUCCUGUGAUGUUCACUAUGUGUCAACAGUUUCAUGAAGGGGUCAUUUUUAAAAGAAAAUACAUUAUUUGAAUUUGAAAUUUAGGUAAACUUGAUGCUGUUCAUAGUUGUAAACACACUUAAAAUGAUGCAUUGCACACACUUCUUGUGAACACUGAUUGGUCUGUAAUGUUUUGCAUAGGUCUUCUAAAACCUAUACUCGAUUCUACUUUUUGACAGUCUUUGUCACACAACUCUGCUAUUCAAAGCUCCAUAUAUGGACUGUGAAGUUGCAGAGUUUUACCUGUGCACAAGAAACAUUACUUGUGUGUAGCUGAGAUGAGGAAGCCACUGUUACAUGAACUGUUUUCCUUUUUUGCUAGUUCAUGGCCUGUCAGGGAUUGGUUGCCUGGCCAGGUGGAAGGAAAGUGCUUUUUGAAUAGUUUUAUUUCCUCCGUUUUUCUGCCAUCAGCCCAGGGCAGAGCCUUAGUGCAUUCUGUCCUGUCCGUUUUUCAUCAGUGCUAUACAGCUAAUGUUAUGGAGGGUUCCUUCUCCCAUCCCAAAGCCCCACAAGACCUCCAGUUCUUGUGGACACAUGGGCCAUAGUUCCACCUGGGAAAGCAACCCAGUGGCCCCUUCACAGAUAUCUGUGUAGGUCUAGAUUUUGAUUGCCACACAUGUCCACUAUCUGAAAGUGAGAGCUGGUUCAGCAAACCAGAAUUUCUUUGUACAAUGGAUCCUGACAAUCAGGAUUCAUUAUACAGAGAAGAAAAAAGUAAAAGAGUUAAGAAAUGGUAUUUACUUGCAGAUAAUGAGCUUUUAUAUUGCAAGAGUUUGCCAUUCUUUCCUAUGAAGGGAAGCAUUUUUGCACGUACCCAGGGAUUGAAUUUCAUUGUUUAUGCACAAAAAAGAAAAUAGAAAGCUCAUACUUGUAAGGAAUAUCAUGGGUAUCUUGAAGCCUCUUCAUCCGGUUCCCGAGUUUGUCUGCUCCUUCAGGUGUAUGUGGAGUUUAUUCACACACAUUUUCCCCAACACAGUACUGAGAGGGGGCAAUGGCUUAUGUGCAUCUCCGGGGCACAUGUCCUGGGUUUUUCUUGCAUUCAAAUGAUGGGAAGAAUGCCAGUGUUGGAGCUGUAUGUGCAUUUCACAUUGGCCACGUGGUUUAGGAUCAAAAGCAAAAGUGUUUAGGCUUAAUAUAACAAAGUAAAUUAUUACAUAUUCUCAUGUCACAGACACAUGAAAAGGAGAAAGAGCCCAAGAGUUUUUAUUUAAGUGUCAUUUCCAAACAGUAUCCAGUCUCAGAUGGCAGAGAUGCAUCAGUGUUUACGAAGUUGAAUGGGAGAGAAAAAGCCAUGGAUUUUACUAUCUGCACAAAUGUUUUUAGUUUGCAUAUGGGGGGGGGGGGGGUGAUUUUUUUUUGUGAACAACUGGGUUCUAAACAGGUUUUUUUUCCUUUUACGAGCAAGUAGAAAAUCACUCUUCUGUUGUAUCCACUUGAACAUGACUUGUAUUGGGGGAGAAACACUUGAACUUUUCAAACUCAAGGAGCAAAUGAGUAAGAGCACUAUUAGGCUGAGAAUGUUACUAUGCAGUAAGCACAGGCUCAUUUCUGUGUGCUCUUUCCCUCUCAGUUUUCCCCUCAUUAUUUAUGAUGCCAAUAGUUGUUUUAGAAAUAUGCAUUUGGUGGAAGAGCAUGAAAAUUAAGAAAACCACUGUGGAAAAGGAGUAAAGUGCAGAGUAUCUUUAUUUUUGAUGUGGCCUCAAACACCAGCCUUUAAAUAAACUUUGUAAUGGUAAAAGAACCACCAGAAGGCCUUUUCUUAAGAACUGGAGAUCAGGUGAGUCGAUCAUUAUCUUGAGGCUCAGCAUUUUAUGUGUGAAAAGAAGACCAGUUGGGUUUUACUACAAAUGUUUACAUAGAAUAAUAGAUAAGUAACCUAUACAUCUUCUAGCGGCACUUUAGGCUUGCUAUGAACUGAAAGAUAAAAGAACAGGAAGAUUUUAAAGAACUUAGAUUUUUUAAAAAGAAAUCUUCCAAAGGAUUCAAAAUGUGUGGUAUUGUGAGAUUUUUGUCUUCCUGAAAAAUUAUAUAACUCUCACUUGAUUUUUGUCUUUUACUGUUGAUUUUUAAUUGUCCAUUACAUACAUUAAAUUUCAAUAACAAAUGGCAGUGGAUUGAUUUCCAAAGCUCACAGGACUUUUAGCUUCAUUUGUUAAAACACCAUUAAAAUAUGUGACUCUCCCCAUCUCUCCAUCCUAUGGCUGUGGCUAAAUCAGCAAGGGAGAAAGGAAUGACUUUGGAGAUGAAAGACAGAAGAGGCCUGUGAAACACCACUACAAAUUAGUGGGGAGAAGAGAAUGAUCUACCCUACAAAUGAGAAUGGUGUGGAUUUUGUUUUGAGGUCUUCUUCCUAGUAAUUCUGUGUCACAGCUUUUUUUGUUUUGUUUUUAAGUGGCUGUCACAUUAUAAUAGAAGUGUUAUGUUCUUCUGCUGGACAGUAUUAAAUAGAGCAAAACCCUAAAGUAAUCUGCUAGAUUGCAGUACUAAUAGUAGUGAUUUAGUAACUUGUAUUAAUGUUUAUGGUUCAUUUUUUUUAACAAUAAUGAUGAAGAAGUGGUUCAUUAUUUUUUAAUUAAUGCACUUUAAUGAUUUUAAAGCAAGAUGCAGGAAAAAAAUUCAAGUGCAUGAUUUAAAGAUGCAGUAUAAAUUGUCAUUUUUUUAAAAAAAAACACCUAUUUAUUAACAUAAUUUAUGAUUAUUUAAAAUUUGUACUUUACAGUUUCUUCUAAAGAUGCCAUCAUCUCUUAGGAAAGCUAAAAGUGCAGCUCCCAGCUUUUCUGCUUUGAGCCACUGGACUCUCAAAAUACAGUAGAUUCAGUUACCAAAAGUCAAAUUUCUGCCAAGGAAAAGGGAAAAUAUUUCUGAACAGAAAGAAGCACAUUCGCUAGUGAUGUUCCUGAACAGACAUAGCCCUGAAAAAUUGUCGGCGGUGAGCUGAUCCAGAUUUAAGGUCAUGAGAUUAUGGGGAGGUUUUGUGCAGUUAGAGUUCUUAAAAAGGCAUUUCUUGCUGCAUCUUAAACAUAUGGCUUGUCCACUAUUCUUUUCAGUACAGCUUCAUGCUAUCCAUUAUGUCACUAAUAGCUGUACAGUUCUAUAUUUAAUAUUCACAAAUCAGGAAUGAAACCUGUAAAGACAGGCUUCUUUCAGGUCUCUUCUUUUUAUGAUACCAAUCAUCCAUCAACUAUUAUUUAAUAUUAUAAAAAUGCUCAAGUCUUGCAGUCCUCAGGCCAACAAAGGCACCUAAGGAGCCGAUUUUAUAAUAUAUUAAGGGGGGGGGAUGCAAUGUUUGGGUGGGUGGCAAAGUUAACUUCUGAACUGAGCUCCUUUUGUUCUGUAUCCACCUGCUAUUUAUGAUCUUGCUCCUUUGUAGACAUGCACACAGAUCUUUCCAGUAGCCAUAGGCCUGGACAAGCUAGGAGUUGAUUUUAUGGUGUUUGAAAGUUAACAUUCAAGUCCAGGGGGAAUGGGCACUAUAUCAAGCACCUUUUAAAUUUAGUCAGUCUCACUGUUUUCCACAUGUAUAUUUAUAUUGUUUGCCUCUGUAACUAUUAGGUGAUAUAGAAAACAUAUUUUUAAAAAGAGAGAGAAAAAAUGAGAGAAUUCAUAGGAAGAGGAUUGGAGAAUUUAUAGGAAGAACCAUGCAGGAUCAGAUCACAGGACAAUUUAACCCAGCGUUCUGUUCAUCUGUUCAUCUCAUGGCCAAACAUUUGCCCAUGGGAAGCCUGCCACAAGACAUGAGUUAUGACUGUAGAACUAUCUCUUUUCACAUCUGUUUAAACGUUUUUAUGAUUUUUCUGUACAGACAUUUAUGUCCUAAAAAUGCCUGUAGUAUUUUUGUCCAAAAUCUGGUCUCCCAAUUAAACAUACGGUAAUUUAAAUAACUUCAUUAAACUAUAUAACCCAUUCAAAAUGAUCUAAAUUAGUGGGACUUUUUUUAAUUUGAGAGGGAACUGAGCUACUGAAUAAAAUAUUUUGUGAUGUCAAAGAGUGCCCUCUUGUGGAUGGAGGAGUCACUUCUAGUUUUCUUUCUAAUUAUUUCAAAUUGCUAGAAAGGAUUGAGAGAUAGCCAAAGACAAAACACAGCUUAAAUUUUAGAGAGAGAGAAAAUCCCAAAAUUUGAAAAGCUUGUUCUGCUGUAUACUGCAACUUUAAUAAUAAUGAGCACUUCUGAGUUCGUUAUUGCGGUUUUAUAUAAUGCCUGAAAAGAUACACUUGCUGUUUGUUUGUUUUUCUAAAUUCUAGUUAGCACUAUGUCUGAAGUUCAUUUGACUCCGCUCCCAUAUGCCUUGUUGCCCAUUUUAAUGUGUUGGAAACUGUGGCUUAGCUCUCUCACACACCAAUUUUAUAUAUAUAUAUAUAUAUAUAUAGAGAGAGAGAGAGAGAGAGAGAGAGAGAGAGAGAGAUGAAGUAGUAAGCCUUGACUAGGUUCCUAACUUGCUUGAAUGAUCCACCACACACAACAGAAUUUCUCUAUAUGUAAACAAAAGUAAUAUGACAGGUAGAUGCCUAUGCUGGAAAACAUCUUAAUAUCUUGUUUCCUUCAGAGCUUGACAAUGUUAUUUUUUCCCUACUGCUUUCAAAGUCUGCCCCAACCAGCAUGAUGGCCAUGGAGGCUGAAGAAUUCAGGAAAUUGUAGUCUAAAAGAUUAACUUCUCCAAGCUCUGGUUUUCUGUACACAAUACAUUUUUGUUGUUAUUUUUGGCACAGUGGAUCCUUCAAGCACUUUAGCCCCCAAAAUGAUACAGUUCAGACACAGUUCCACCAUAUCUCAUCUAUUUGUAAGAAUUAUACUUCACUUUAAUAUCUGGUAAACUGUAUUAAAAUAUCUACCAAGGUUGGGAACCAUGGGUCUUUAUAGGAUCACGUAAGGGAUGUGCACUGGCCCAGAAGUAUUGGGUUUCAAACUUUGUUUGAAGAAUUGGACCAUCGCCUUUCUGGGCUUAUCACAAACUGCUUAUGAAUAUGACCUAUGUUUCUGAAUCGUUCUUCUAUCUAGCAUCACCUGGCAGAGCAACAGGGGAUGGGGAGGAUGUAGACUGAGAAAAACCAAGUAUAUGGGGCCCUUGGACUCAUGGAACUAGCUUCUCAGGUUUGAGGAUGCUUGCCUAGCUUUCUAGCAGCUGAGACUCUUUCAAAAUCCACCUCAGAGUAAAAUAGUAAUCAUAAUAAUAAUUAAAAAUUGGUAUGCUGGUUCCUUAACACAUUUACACAAAGCUAGGUUCCAAGGACUCCAAUGAAAUUAGCUUUCCAUCACGUAUGCUAUAUAGGUCCCCAGCCUUGAUUGAGCAGAAAAUAGUUUGAGUGGAACUUGCUCUUCCCCCACAGUCAUCAUGCCUAUUAGGUGAACAAGUGCAUCUGAAUUUCUAGUUACACUGCAGUACCAAAGAGUGCUUUUGCUCCAGUGAACAGAUUGCAAAAGUUUCCUUCAGUAGCAACACUGAACAUUUUGACGAAGGCAUUAUAGAUUUUUUUCUUAAAACUACUUUCAAAUAUUAGUGUGACAUAUUUUAUUGUAAAACUAUACUAAUUGCUUUUCUUUGUUUAUAAACGUGUUACUGCUUUACAUCAUUUAUGAGAAAUGGAGAGGAAUCUGGUAAAGUGUUCAUUAUUUCCAUAUUACUAGCAUCUACAGUAUAGAAAUGGUAUUUCAGUUUAGGCUUCCUUAUGUAGUUUUGUUCAUUAACAAUUCCCUUAUAUGUUUUUGUCUCCUCUAUGUGGUUGCAUUCUUCCCCAAAGAUGUUGCAUUCUCUAGAUAAAAUCCAGUUAGAGGAUAUGUGCAAUAUUGAAAAGAAACAGGCCCCUCCUCCAGGACUUGGAUGUGGAACGCACAGUGUGAUUUAUUUUUUAAGUCUGUCAUUUUCUACCUAUGCACUCUUUAGAAAGAAUUAAGGAUUGAGGGUUAAGGAACAAGAGAUGAGCAAAAGUGAGGAGAAGAGGAGGUUAAUAUCUAGUUCAAAUGGAUUGUGUGAGUUUGUUAGUGAUUGGCACAGUUGCAUCACAUUCAAACAAAAAUGUCAGGAUUGUGAGUGUUACAGUGGAUGUUCAGCUUCCUCAUUUUUUCUGUUCCCCAUUUCCAUUAAGAAAUUGUGUUGAUUUGGCUACACACUUCUCUCCAGCUGACAGCUGGGAUUCCUGCAGCCAUUCAUAUAUUGCAGGAUUGCAGCACUCAGCAUUCCUCAGCAAUGGCAAUGCUGCUAGAGUUGAUAAGAGCUACAACAACAUAAGAGGUGUCAUGACACACUCUUUCCAGUUCUAGUUAAAAAUCCCAGAAUCACUUACAUGGUCCACUCUGUUGUUAAGUGCUACAACUGACAUAAGAAAGUUAUGUUAGUAAAAAGCACUCCUAAAUAUGCAUCAAUUGAGAGGAUCAGUUGCAUGCUGGUCAAAUGGUUCUGUACCUCAUAUGCAAUACCAUUCUGAAAAAGGCCAGUAAAAGAAGAUGCUUGAUUAUUUUAUUUUAUUUUAUUUUUGGAUCUCUAUUGAUUCCAGAAAAGCUGCAAGUUCUGCUGAAUUUGGCUAUGGAAGACCCCUGGUUUUCACCUCAGGUUUUUGUUUGUUUAGUUUCAUGGACAUUCAAACUGUGCAUGUGAUGUACCCACACAUGCACACAUCCUGGCCAGAGUAACUAUGCUGCUGACUAGCUCUAAAGCUACACUUUAAAUAUCAACUGGAUGUCUACUGCUAAACAGUCAGAAUCCAUCUGGCACACUCCAAGCCUCCUCCUACAUUCUAGAUGACCCAGACAUACAUGCACGCAAUUAUUCAGGGGUACUGUACAUAUUCUAAGCAUUUGACAGGUACGGUUUGGGAGAGUAUAAGUUUCUUUGUAAAUAGUAUUUUAUUAGUUUUUUUUAAAGGAUGUGGGUUUUUUUAAAAAAGGUAGAUGUAUAGAAAUCACUGGCAAGUAUAUGGAAACCUCAUCAGGCCUGAAAAUGGUCUCAUGGGCUUUCUGUCCUUGCUCCAAGGUUUCUUUGUGGUGUCUCAUUUCAUCUACCAUAUCUGUUCACAGGUUUUAUUUUAUUUUUGUAAUCUCUAAUAAAUCAAGUACUGUACAUGUGGCCUUUGCCAACAUCCUUGGAGGGCAGUGAAUUAGAACUCCCUCUGCAUACCCUUCAGUUGCUGUUGCUCAGCCUCUGGAACUCUGAUUAAAUGUAGAGUUUUCUGGAAGAGCAAUUAAGAGAUCCCUCAUUUUUGGAGGGGUGUAUAUUAGUGUGUAUGUGUGCAUGUGUGUGUAUAUGAGAGAGAGAGACUGUUAAGCAGAGCAUAAUUUUUUUAUUUUUUGGACUACAGCUCCCAAGAAUCCUUCAGUCAAUAUUACUACUGGUCAUAUUGCUGAGCAAUUUUGGGAAGUGUAGUCCAAAGAAAUAAUUUUUUCAAGCUCUGGUGUUAAUAUAGAGGUGAAAGGGUUUGAUCGAGUUUGUGUCCUUGCUAGAGGUACAUGUUUUCCAGACCUCCCAUGACCAUCAUUCCCACUUGGAAUCAAAAUUGUUUUCAGGUUUUCCCCCCUUCCUCAUUGGGAUAAGGUUGCUCAGGCUCAGCAUGGUCAGAGAUCAGGUUCAUGAAUUCAUUUCAGCCUAGGUUUACUGGAUGGGCUGGCCCCAUGUAGCAUUAGUUUAUUGUUGGAAUGAGUGCAAUUUUCUUCUUUAAAACCAAGCUGACAGAAAGCUUCACACUGUCGCUUUCACACAUUCACAUGAAGUGCUAAAGCCUCUAUUGUCCUGUGUUGAGACUCCUGUUACAAAAAUGAAUUGGAUAGUUGGGUUCCUAUUGUUUUGAAAAUGGUCAAAAGAGGUAACUGGAUCAUGACUGGGGACAAAUUGAUUGGAUUUUCCAAGGAGAGAAAAACCCAAAUUAAACUGGAUAUAUUCCUUGAAUUAAUGCUUGUUUUGAUUUUCUCUGUACUUUUUGUACAUUUUUUGUGUUAAAAUAUAUCACAGCUCUGUGUGUCAAAACGUAUCUUCCAUUAUUGUAAAAUGGUCGGAUUUAUACAUGGUAAUGGAAUGGGAGUCUGUAUCUUGAAGUUCAUCAUCUGACAAGAUAAUGCCUUUUGUGUUUAUCAAGAGGUCUUCAGCCUCUGGGUGAGAAAAGAUUUAGAGCUUUAUGAAAUGAAAUGAUUGAAACUGGCAUGACAGCACAAACCAGUCAUGUUUUUAACUGGCUUCUAACCAAGUGGCUCUCCUCUGUGUAAAUGAAGUGAAGGGAAAGAUGGAGCCAGAUGCUGAUUUCACAUUUUGUAGCAAUUCAAAUUUUGCCCUCUGAGCAUUGUUGGCAUUGCCAAAUUUCCACCUACAGAACUUUAAGGCAUCACUUUAUGGAAACUGGUGUGUUCUAAGUCUAAUGGCAGCCUUUUACUAUGCAAAAUGGAAGCAUCUCAGAGAAUAAUUGUUGAUGAGUUUCAGAGAUUAAGGGAGCAGAACCCCUUAUGUUGGAAACCAAUAAGAAAGUAAGUAACUGUUAUUUUAGCAAAAAGUAUUCAGUAAAGUGAUGUAGAAUUUGAGUGCUUUGUGUCACAGUUCACAUCUUCCUAGUAGUUGAUAGUGCUUUGUUCUUCCAGUGAAUCUCUUGUAACUAUUGUUGUCUAAUGUAAGGAGAAUGUAACCCUUAAAAGUAUGGGAGAGUACGUUGGCAAAGAGAUGGUGAAGGAUGUGUGGUUGGUCUUUGGGCUGUGUGAUACUGAUGGGCAGUGUAGUGUUUGGUUUUGUAUGGCUUGUUUCCUUAGGGAGGCAUUUUUUUUUCUAGCAGCUGGAUUGAUUACUAGUGUUAUGUAGGUUGAAGAUGGAGUCUGUGGGUAGGUAUUGGGAAUGUAUUUGUUUUAUGAAAGGAAUCCAGGAGGGGGUCAGAUGUGGCAUGCAUUCUAGCAAGAGAGAAAAAGAACUUGAUGAUAUUUGCUGUUUUCAAGAGAGGAAGAAAUGAACUGGUAAGACAAAGAGUAUCAGCAUCUAAGAACUAACUAAGGUAACUGGCCAGUUGAAAAGCUAACCAUGUUAGACACUGUCCAUGUGAAAUGUUUUAUGUGUGGGGGGGUGUAUUCUUUAUCAAAGAUAGCUGGAAGCUUAUGUGAAGAAUAGAAUUUUGUUUGCAUAGUAAACUGGUUUCUUACAAGACUGUUGGUCACACUAUCAAAAGCUGUCUUUAGCCAGCAUUAUUAAAUCAGUUUAAAUAAUACACACAUAGCUUUAAGAGAACACGUCUGUGGUGAAAUUUGCAGGCAACUCUCUUGUCAUUGUAAUGGUGACUUGCCAUAUGUUUUAUAUAGCUUAUAUUAACAUGUACGAAACUGGCAGCAAAGAAUAAUGACAGAUUGAUCUUCCUUGACAGACUCUUAAACUGAUUUUCUGUAUCUAGGUAUACAAGUUUGAUAGAGGAGAUAAAAGAUUGUGAUGAUCUUUUAUUGUAACUUGUGAUAUUGGGAAUGAGACUUUGAUAGUUGUGUUUCCUCAUGUCCAGAUUUCAUUUGAGAACACUAGGCCAUCUUAGUCUAAUAAUGAAUUUCUCCACAUGGUUUCACCUUGUUUGAACUAAAAGCUUAUAUAUCAAUGAAGUGUAUUGGUGUAUGUUCACUUUGCAUUCAGACGCUAGCCUGGCUGCAGAUCCAGAAUGAUUUCAUGGUUAACUUAUGGUCAUGAAACAAACACAGAGAUCUUGAAAUGUUGACAUUCUCAAGAUGCUUCUCUUGAUUUUUGCACAUAGAUUUACAAUAUGACUCAGCUUCCCCAUAGUAUUCCCCCCCCCAUUUAUUGAAGAACAAUGAGACUGUAAACCUAUGCACCCAUAGCUGAGUAAGUCCCAUUGAACUAUUGUAUCUAACUCCAAACAAGCCUGUAUAAAAUUGUGGUGUGAGUGUUUAGAAGAGACUUGAGCAUGUUAAAGAUAGAGUGUUAUUUCUUAUCUAAAUGAGUGAUGGCAAACAAGUUUACACAUGAAUCUAAAAUACUAGCAAAAUUAAAAAUUAACCAUAGUGGUGUGUGAAAUUAUGGCUAAACUGCAAUAGGAUUGUGAGAGUAGAACCAGGAAGGAAAAUUCUCAAUACUACUUAAACCAGAUUUUUAAAAAGUAAUCUUUUGAACAUUCUUUGAGAUCUACAGUGCAUAUGAGUAUCUCUUACACAAAAUGAUGCUUACAUAGCUUAAUUAGUUACUUAAAAUCUGAGGUCUGUUUUUAUAUGCCUGUUCCAAUAUUUUCAGCAGGCAUAUUUACCAUCAGCUUCCCAGCUGGAACCAGUGACGUACUGAACCAUCACUGCUGUUGUUGCUGGGUGUCAAUGUGGUGUAUUCACAUCACAUCCAAAUGCACUAUUUUAUAUCUAGGCACUGUAAGCAACUUCCAUAGGGCUGAAACGUGAGGCAUUGCUCUGAUUAAUGGUCACAGAUUCACCGGAAAACGUCAUCCCAUUUCUGACAAUUCUGUGAUGCAAGUGUAAUAGUUGGCCUCUAUGUGCUCAGUUAUUACCCAAAGAUGUAAAGCCCUUCCAGCAUGCAGCUCCAUACUCAGGGCUUUUUUUUUUUUACCAGCAGCCAUCUGGAAAUGAUGUUUGAUGAAUGAAUUGAUAAUGUUAUCUUCACUCUUUCUGAAGUAUAGGGAUUAUAUUUUUGUACAUGUUUUGCUUCCACAAUUCUGUUUUAUGGGUCUUUGCUAUAUCUUCCCUGUGAAUGCUCCCUUGGAAAUGAGUGUCCCUUAUAGUUUGGCAUAGCAGAGGUGACCUUGUGUCUGUGUGUCUAAAUUAGGCCAAAUCAGAAGGUUUCAGCUAGAAAACCAUUAUGCUGUGAAAUUUUCUGUAGCAAGAUUGAAAAGACUGAACAGGUCACUUUGAAAAAAUACUCACAGUGGGGGCCCAACUGCACAAGACCCCAAGCACUCACUUUCACAAAUACAACUUUUACAGGCACCAAGCAAUAUGCAAAUAGAAAUGUAUUUUCCCCAAAUCCCUUAUUGUACAUCAGAGGAUCUGGGCCCAUUCUCAAGUCAUAUACAGGAGCUCAGAAAUUAAGAGUUGUGUCCAGCAUCCUUUGUCAUCUGGAAACACAAUACCUUGGACUUCAUAGUGACCAUGAAAUUAUGCUAAUCUGUGAGUCAAAUUCCUACAUGAACACAUGCCAGUAAUAGGGCAAGGCUUUUCUUUUUUUCAAGGGACUUGAAGAGACUAGUCUGUGGCCUCUAUUUUAUUUCUAGGUUCUUGCAAUGUGAAACCACAAAUCAAUAUUCAGUGUCUCAGGCAGAAUAAGAUUUGCUAACAAACUGUACCUCACUGUCAUCUCCCAGUUUACUCAUUGCUUGGACCAAAGGUGGUGCUAAUAUGAACUUUAAUUUCUAUAUUUAUGUUUUUUUGGUUGGGAUUUAAGUACAUAUGUGUUGUUUUUUAAUGUUUGUCAUUAAAGAAAAGAUACAGUGACCUGUUCAGCUUUUUAAAAAAAGGAUUUACCCUUGCCAUCAGACUCUUUGAAAUCUACAAAAUACCUUUGACAUUCAGACAUUGCUGUUAUGUUUUAACUGGCCAUAUUUUUUUGGUUUGGAGAGAAUGAGGUAAUAGAUACUCUUAUCUUCAAAUGUUUGCAAAUUGUAAGAUUUUUAAAAAUUUCCAUUUGUUUACAUGAUUUCUUCUGUGUCCAAUGGGGGAAUAAAUAAAGUUUUCAAUCUUUUAAAUUGUA